AUGGGCGUAGACUUCGACGUGAAGACCUUCUGCCACAACCUGCGGGCCACCAAACCCCCCUACGAGUGCCCGGUGGGCACCUGCCGCAAGAUCUACAAGAGCUACAGCGGGAUCGAGUACCACCUCUACCACUAUGACCACGACAACCCGCCCCCGCCCCAGCACACCCCCCUGCGCAAGCACAAGAAGAAGGGGCGCCAGGCCCGCGCCGCCAACAAGCAGUCGCCCAGCCCCUCCGAGACCUCCCAGUCGCCUGGCCGGGAGGUGAUGACCUAUGCCCAGGCCCAGCGCAUGGUGGAGGUGGACCUGCACGGCCGCGUCCAUCGUAUCAGCAUCUUCGAUAACCUCGACGUGGUGUCCGAGGACGAGGAGGUUCCCGAGGAGGUGCCCGAGAACGGGAGCAAUAAAGAGAACACGGAGACGCAGAGCGUCCCACCCAAAUCUGGCAAGCACAAGAACAAGGAGAAGCGUAAAGACUCCAACCACCACCACCACAAUGCCUCGGCCGGCACCACACCCAAGCUCCCCGAGGUGGUGUACCGGGAGCUGGAGCAGGACACCCCUGAUGCCCCACCUCGCCCCACCUCUUACUACAGGUACAUCGAGAAGUCGGCAGAGGAGCUGGAUGAGGAGGUGGAGUACGACAUGGACGAAGAAGAUUACAUCUGGCUGGACAUCAUGAAUGAGAGGCGGAAGACCGAAGGAGUGAGCCCCAUUCCCCAGGAGAUCUUUGAGUACCUGAUGGACCGGCUGGAGAAGGAGUCCUACUUCGAGAGCCACAACAAGGGGGAUCCAAACGCCUUGGUGGAUGAGGAUGCCGUCUGUUGCAUCUGCAAUGACGGGGAAUGUCAGAACAGCAACGUCAUCCUCUUCUGCGACAUGUGCAACCUGGCUGUGCAUCAGGAGUGCUACGGGGUGCCCUACAUCCCGGAGGGACAGUGGCUCUGCAGACGGUGCCUGCAGUCACCCUCGCGAGCCGUGGACUGCGCCCUCUGCCCGAACAAGGGGGGGGCCUUCAAGCAGACGGACGACGGGCGCUGGGCACACGUGGUCUGUGCCCUCUGGAUCCCGGAGGUGUGCUUUGCCAACACCGUCUUCCUGGAGCCCAUCGACAGCAUUGAGCACAUCCCGCCCGCGCGCUGGAAGCUGACCUGUUACAUUUGCAAGCAGCGCGGCUCUGGGGCUUGCAUCCAGUGUCACAAAGCCAACUGUUACACCGCCUUCCACGUCACCUGUGCCCAGCAGGCCGGGCUGUACAUGAAGAUGGAGCCUGUCCGAGAGAUUCCCUCCUUCAGCGGGCGCAAACCCGCCUACUGCGACAUCCACACACCGCCGGGCUCCGUGCGCAGGCUUCCCGCUCUUUCCCACAGCGAGGGGGAAGAGGAGGAUGAGGAGGAGGAAGAGGAAGGGAAGGGCUGGAGCUCUGAGAAAGUCAAAAAAGCAAAAGCCAAGUCUAGGAUCAAGAUGAAGAAGGCGCGGAAGAUCCUGGCGGAGAAACGAGCCGCAGCACCUGUGGUUUCUGUGCCCUGCAUACCCCCGCACAGGCUCAGUAAGAUUACAAACCGUUUGACCAUCCAGAGGAAGAGCCAGUUCAUGCAGAGACUGCACAGCUACUGGACUCUGAAGAGACAGUCCCGCAACGGCGUCCCUCUGCUGCGCCGCCUUCAGACACACCUGCAGUCACAAAGAAACUGCGACCAGAGAGACACUGAGGAUAAGAACUGGGCCCUGAAGGAGCAGCUGAAGUCAUGGCAGCGCCUCCGCCAUGACCUAGAGCGUGCACGCUUGCUGGUGGAGCUGAUACGCAAGCGGGAGAAGCUCAAGAGAGAGACGGUAACGAUUGUUUGCCCCUCCUUGGGGAGCUGCUGGGCUCCCCUGGGCAGCGUGCUCCGCAAGACACUCGAGCAGCUGCAGGAGAAGGACACUGGCAACAUCUUCAGUGAGCCGGUCCCUCUGUCUGAGGUCCCAGACUACCUGGAUCACAUCAAGAAGCCGAUGGAUUUUCAGACAAUGAAACAAAAUCUGGAAGCCUAUCGCUAUCUGAAUUUCGACGACUUUGAGGAGGAUUUCAACCUGAUUAUCAACAACUGUUUGAAAUACAAUGCCAAAGACACAAUCUUCUACCGGGCAGCCAUCCGUCUGCGGGAGCAGGGAGGCGCCGUUCUCCGGCAGGCUCGCCGGCAAGCAGAGAAGAUGGGCAUUGACUUUGAGACAGGCAUGCACUUCCCCCACUGUGUGACGGUGGAAGAGGCUCAGGUCCAAGACAUCGAGGACGAAGAUGUGCGGCUGCUACUCUCAGAGAAUCAGAAGCACCUGCCCUUGGAGGAGCAGCUAAAGAUCCUGCUGGAGCGGCUGGAUGAGGUCAAUGCUGGCAAGCAGAGCAUAGGACGGUCCCGCCGGGCCAAGAUGAUCAAGAAGGAGAUCACAGUCCUACGGCGGAAACUCGCUCACCCACGGGACCUGGGCCGAGACGGGCUGGAGCGGCACAGCUCCUCUGCCAGGGGAGUCCUGCAGUCGCACAACCCCUGCGAGAAGGACCUGCAGACAGACAGCGCAGCAGAAGAGAGCAGCAGCCAGGAGACUGGCAAAGGUCUGGGUCCCAAUUCUUCUUCCACCCCAGCACAUGAAGUUGGUAGGAGGACCUCAGUACUCUUCUCAAAGAAGAACCCUAAAACUGCAGGCCCUCCAAAACGUCCAGGACGCCCCCCGAAGAAUCGAGACAGCCAGAUCACUCCCGGGCACGGAAACAGCCCCAUCGGGCCACCCCAGCUCCCAAUAAUGGGGUCCUCCCAGCGGCAGCGGAAGCGAGGACGAAGCCCGCGCCCCAGCUCCAGCUCAGACAGUGACAGCGAUAAGUCCACCGAAGACGCUCCCAUGGACCUGCCAGCCAACGGUUUCAGCAGCGGGAACCAGCCGGUGAAGAAGAGCUUCCUGGUGUACCGCAAUGACUGCAAUCUUCCCCGGAGCAGUUCCGACUCGGAGUCCAGCAGCAGCAGCAGCAGCAGUGCCGCCUCGGACCGUACCAGCACAACGCCCUCCAAGCAGGGCAGAGGGAAACCCUCCUUCUCCCGAGUGAACUUCCCAGAGGACAGCAGCGAGGACACGUCGGGGACGGAGAAUGAGUCGUACUCCGUGGGCACAGGGCGAGGCGUGGGGCACGGCAUGGUGCGCAAGGGCAUGGGCCGUGGCACAGGGUGGCUGUCCGAGGACGAAAAAAAAGCCCGUGACCUGGUGUGGGCCAAGUGCCGGGGGUACCCCUCCUACCCGGCGCUGAUCAUCGACCCCAAGAUGCCGCGGGAAGGCAUGUUCCACCACGGCGUCCCCAUCCCCGUGCCCCCCUUGGAGGUGCUGAAGCUGGGGGAGCAGAUGACUCAGGAAGCACGCGAGCACCUCUACCUU